CGAGUCUAUAAGCGGCGCUGGAUCGGUCUGGCUCUGCUCUUCUGCCUCAACCUUAUGGCGAGUAUUGCGUGGACCGACGUUGCCGUCGUCCCUGAAUAUGCCGCCUCUCACUUUGGCACCUCUGUCUCGGCCAUCAACUGGUUCCCGACCUCGUUCCUCUUUGCCGCCCUGGCUGGCAGCUACCCUGCGUCCGUUGUGGCCCGGCGGAGCAUCAAGCUUUGCAUUCUCGCCGGAAGCUUCAUCAUGUUCUCCGGCGCAUGGUUGAUGUACGGCGGAACCAACCUCUCCAGCCUCGCCCUGGCGCUUGUCGGACACACGGCUAUCGGAUUCGCCCUGCCCUCUGUGCUCAUCACGCUCGCCCCCUACUCCGAGAUAUGGUUCACGCCCGAGCGCCGGGCGACGGCAACGGCCUUCACCACCACGGCCAACCUGCUGGGCGGCACCAUCGGCCAGUUCAUCAUGACGGCCUGGAUCCCAUCCGAGGAUGCCGUCGGCAGGGGUAUGCUACCAAGCCAUUCUGGUCUCGGCUGUUUGCGUUUUAGUCCCCUAUUCCCUUCGAGGCCUCCUACGGCGCCUGAUGUCAUCGUAGUCCAGCACCAAGCAACUGAUUAUCGGGAGGAGCUUAUGGUCCUCCUCAGGCGGCCUGAGUUUUUCCUCUUGGCCAUUCCUUUUUCCGUUACCGUCGGUGUCUUCAACGCGCUUUCAUUUCUUCUCUACCAGAUGUGUAUGCCAUAUGGCUUCUCUGUGGACCAGUGCGUCGUGGCCGGGUGCCUGUUUGUUGUGCCGGGGCUGGUCGUGUCCCUUGUACUGGGUCGUCUGGCCGAUCGCUUCGGCUGCCAUCUACUUUUCAUCAAGAUCACAAACAUCAUCAUCGGAUGUGGCAUACUGGCUUUUGUCUGGGUCCCUCCCAGCGGCAACCUCGCUUAUCUAUACACUACCUGCACGGUGCUCAGCUUGGGCGUCGUCAGUUCGGGCCCCCUUGCCAUCGAGUUCAUCUCGGAGAUUCUCUAUCCUGUUCGGCCAGAGCUGGCCAUCACAGUCAUGUGGAGUUUCGGCCAGCUCCUCGGCGCCGUGUUGACCAUCGGGCUCGGCUACAUGACGGACAGCCACGGUGGCUUGCAGCCAGCUGUGUAUCUACAAGCAGCCCUUUCACUAGCGUGCGUGCCACUCAUCCAGUCCCUGGGUCUUUGGGGUCGCAGUCAGCAUGUGAAGUUGAAUAGG